AUGAAGUUCACUCUUGUUGCUCUGACCUCGCUGCUCGCCCUGGCUGCUGCUCAGGACUCAUCUUCGAGCACCAGCGACGCCCCGGCUACCACCCACAGCCCGACCCCCCAGGAGCAGUGCUUGCUCGACUGUGACGAGAAGGACGUCUGCUGCCAGGCCAAAUGCAUGAACGUGCCCUGCCCUAGCGACCAGCAGGCCAACGACACCAACACUUGCGUUUCGAAGUGUGACCAGGGUGACGGCUCUGAAGCCGACGCCAAGGCCUACGCUGAAUGCCAGGCCAAGUGCAUCACCACCACUUACUUCCCCGGGGCUACGAGCGCCACCGACUCUGCUUCCAGCACCAGCAGUGGUGACUCGAGCGCUACCCCAACCGGUAGCUCUGAUGAUGACAACGACAGCAACUCCAACGACGAUGGGGAUGACUCGGACUCCGCCAGCGGCUCCGAAUCCGAUUCUCCUAGCUCGACCGGCUCUGGAGACGAGCCCAACGAGAGCAACGCUGCUGUCAAGCUCGGCGCUUCCGCUGCUGGCCUGGCUAGCUUCCUUAUCGCUGCCUGGGCUCUGUAA